AUGAUACAAAUAAUGCCCGUUGAGAGCAGUACUAAUCAAACGACAGGGUGCACUGACCCCUCAACAGAGAAGACAUUCAACAGUAAAACAACUGUUCACUCUGAAUUAAACAACAUCACAAGAAGAAUGGCUCCGACUCCACCUCACGUUUAUUCUUGCUUCAUCGUAAAUCAUACUGUUCAUCCGAUUGAAUGUACUCUAAAAUACAAUGGUCGUCCCGAAGAAGAGAAAUUUGACGAAGUCAUCAAUGUCAUCGUCGAGGGUAAAAGUGAACAUUACUUUCCUCGGAAGUUUUUUCAGCCAGACCUACCGAAGUCCUAUUGCAAAUGGGUGAAGAUUAUUACACACGUUAGAGUUAAGAGAACGGAGGGCGAAAUCCUGGAAGUCAGUUACCCAUUUGAUGAUGUCGACCGUCCUGUACGAAACUGGGAGUUUCACAUUCAAGACACAGGUGAUAUUUUAUCAAAACCACCAACACGUAUCGUCAAUGUGUUCAAAUACGAGAAUAUGGAUCAAUACGAAUGUUAA